CUUCUGCACGUUCUUUGUGACUGUUAAAGAGAAUCAAUAAAAUACGUAAGUACUUCCCCGGUGCUAAUCAUAUCGCAAACUGUUGCGCAGCCUCGUCGUCGUCGUCGUUAUUGUCGUACGGACCUGCUUCUGUAAUCCUAUCUGUUACACGUUUUUAUUGCGCCAGCACAGUCGCACAGUUCGCCCUACGAUUAACCGGCUUUAAAAUCCGGUUCCAUUUUAUUGGAAAGUGUUGCGUUGCUGCUUCCGCGUUGGGAAUUUGUGCAAUUAAAAGCACAGGAAAUAGCAUGCACCUUCACAACAGGAAUUCAAAGCUAAUCCCUAGCAAGCGUAACGACCUACAUCUUAAAGUCGUUCUUCUCGCAAUUUACAGGUUUAUUCUGCUUUGCGAAACGAUUUAUGUUCUGCGUUAAAGGAAGCAGCUUUAAUGUGUAUGUUAUGCUGUUCGGUUUAUUAAAUCGUAAUUAGAAAACGAUUCUGAAUUUAAACUUGCACAAAGAUGUUACAUAAGUCAAAUGUCUAUUUUUUUUUUAAUUAAAACUUGUUUUAUAGGGCAAUUUUAUUUUGGUGUUAAUGCAUUGAAUACGUGUUUUCCUUUUUUCAGUUUUUUUUAUCUAACUUGAUAUUUCGUUAAACAGACGAUUAUCGUUUUUCUGAACAUGGUUACUAUGAUUAUUUCAAGUACAUUUGAAAGAUGUUUAAAGUGAAUGAAAGGUCCAUACAAACUAGAAAGAAACAGAACAUUUAGUAUGCAGCCUUAACUGUUGCUAUAGGAAACUGCUAACACGAUUGCCAAUUUGAGCAUACAUCAUUCAAUAACCAUGGCAACACCAUACACAAAUAAGAGGGAUACAGAUUUCAGAGGUUUUCCAAAUUAGAGGGACAAAAAUGUACUGGAAAUGAAGGGGCUGUCGAAAAUGUUCAAAUAAGAGAGGUUUUUCAAAUUGGAGAGGUGUCAAAUAAGAGAGGGUUCACUGUAUAAUAAAAAAAGUAAGCGACAUUAAUAAAAAAAAAGUGUAAUAAAAAGGGUGUUAAAUUUGCCUUGAGCCUAGCGCCUGUUGAUGGUUGCCAUGGUAAUAGAACGUAGUAGCCCAGACGGCCACACAGUAGAGUCUGCGGUUACUAAUUUUGCGACCGGCUUCGCUCAUUUGAACUUCACUUUCUGGCGGUGUCAGAUGUGUCUUGGAUUGGUGUGCCGCAGUGUGCUUUGCUUUGAAAAAAAUCCCAUAGUAAAAUGUCGGGUAAUACACUCUUUUCGUACUGGAAAUUUAGACGGCAGGCGGAAGAAACUUUUCGCAGUUCGUCACGCCGGCUCCGGCAGAAUAUAGAGUCGUUGCAGUGCACACUUUUGCAGGAUUUCGGCACGGGCAUCGGAGCAGGCGGCAGUGUUAGGCUCGCAAGCUACAAAAAGUACACCUGCGACCAGUGUCUGCGUAAGUUUGUGCACGAGAGUGGUCUCGCUCGGCAUGUUGCAAAAUUUCACCCGGACGUGUCGACGAACGUGGAGCCGCCACCGGAGCAGCAGCAUCCGGAACUCCCGGCUACCGUCUGCAGUGACUCGAAGCCAACGCCGGCGUCCGAAGCGUACAUCGAUGCGGUGGUAAAGUGCCGGCACAGCGGCGCAAUCUUUCCCUCCGCCGAGCAGUACCUGUGCCACGCCAUGCGCUACAAGUUCUGGGAGCAGCUGUUCGCGGCCGAGCCGGAGGAACGCGAACGCCCGGCCGUCCUGCUGCGCCGGCAGUUUUCCAUCGUCGCCGUGCACACCGUCCUUCGCUGCGAGUACUGUGACGCGUGCUUUUCCGACUGUGCCGGGCUGUUCGCGCACGAGUCGCAACACUCGCCGACCGGCGGCUUCUGGUGCACGUUCUGUCGGCUUCACUUCCCGACGCUGACCGAUGUGCUGGCCCAUCGGGCAGAGUGUCUGGAGGGGAGCAGCUUCAUCGGGUGCCACUUCCAGAACGUGCAGCUGCAGUACUGCUGCAACGUGUGCAUGGCCCUGUUUGCGACGCUGCCCGAGCUGUACGCCCACCGGUACGACGAGAUUCACAUCUUCCCCCGCCGAAUGGCCCGGGCAAAGGGGCAAACAGACGGCUACGGCGGGCUGUGGGUGUCCUGCGAGCUGUGCGUGUUUGUGUGCGAUCACAUCGAGCUGCUGCUGGUGCAUCGGGCCGAAUGCCAUCCCGGCGGGGCGGUGACAAACAAACCGCCAACCAUGGCGGCACCAUCACCAUCGGCCGGAAAUCCACCGAAGCAGAGGCAGCAGCAGCAGCAGCAGCAACAGUUGGCAGCACCGAAAUGCCCGGAAGGAGAAGAGUCGAGCAAUGAGCGGCCAUAUCUGUGCGAAAAGUGCGGCAAAACGUACACCCAGUCGAGCCAUCUGUGGCAGCAUCUGCGCUUUCACAACGGAGUGCGCCCGUUCGCCUGCGAUCGGGACGGGUGCUCGCGCCGGUUCACGAUACGGCCCGAUCUGAGCGAUCACAUCCGGAAGUGCCACACCGGGGAGCGCCCGUACGAGUGCAACGUGUGCCACAAGCGUUUCCUGACCGGCUCGGUCUACUAUCAGCACCGGCUGAUCCAUCGGGGCGAGCGGCGGUACGGCUGCCCGGACUGCGAUCGGCGCUUCUACCGGGCCGACGCACUGAAGAACCACCAGCGCAUACACACGGGGGAGAAGCCGUACGAGUGUGACCACUGUGAGCGCAAGUUCCGGCAGCGGGGCGAUCGCGAAAAGCACGUGCGCGUGAAGCACAAGAAGUUUUGCAAAUGAGGCGACGACGGCGCGGUUUGAUUUGUUUGCACCGUUUUGCGCACACUGUUCCUGUUUUAUUUAUGUUAACACGAUGUUUGCUUGUUUGUGUUUGUUCGCUAUGGCGCAAUUAAUUUAUUUUAGCUUGUAACCCAAUACCGCCCAAUAGAGGUGGUAGAGCAGAGAAUAGAGAAUUAAAUAAAAUAUUUAUCAAUUUUCGUUUCCAACUGUUUGGAGUAAUCGUAGUAGCCAUUUUCUUUUGUGAGUAGUGGUGGGAGCCCGGAAUCGGACCUACCCGAUGCUGCAAUCGAUUCCGAUUCCUGAGUUGACACCGGAGCCGAUUCCGAUGUUGGAAUCGAUUCCGAUUCCUGUGAUGAUUCCGGAGUCGUUUCCUGAGAUGACUCCGGAGCCGAUUCCUGAGUUGAUUCCGGAGCCGAUCCUGAGAUGACUCCGGAGCAAGGUGCUAUAAAUGACAAGGUGAAGUUGUUCAGAGCAAAAUGACAUUUCUCGACUUGACAUAUCUCUUCCAGUGGCUCCAGUAUAAAAAUCGGGGAGGGCUGGUGUGGGGUAAUGGAAUUUGUAUGCAGAGAGUGACAGAUGUCCCCCACAAUGUCACCCAGCAAAAGCGAUAAAAAUCAACCUUCUAAAUACAUUAUCCUUGCUCCGGAGCCGAUUCCUGAAAUGACUCCGAAGCCGAUUCCUGAGAUGACUCCGGAGCCGAUUCCGAUGCUGGAAUCGAUUCCGAUUCCUGAGUUGA